AUGAAUAAACCUCCUCGGAUGAGUUGGUUUAUAUCAACUCUAGCUCCCCUAAAUUCCAUUAACCCAACAAACCAAUACGUACGAUUAUACAGCUCUUCGGUAUGGCGACGACCAAAGCGCCGUCACACAGCACCUCCACCUCCCGUCGCCUCACCCUGCACACCAGGACUACUGGCAAUAAGUCCGGAAGCCCUAGAAGAAGUAAAGGCCUCCAUGAGCAACGAAACCUGGCACAAGAGCAUGUAUAGCUGGUUUCUCGACAAGAAGAUCCAAGGAAUGGAGCUGGACGAGCACCUACAAUUACUACGGCAGGAGCACACUUGGUUGAUUCGCAGAUAUGAGCAGAUCGUGCGAAGGGAGGCGAUAGAUGUAGGAUGCGAGACUGCGCUUCGGACGCUGAAACAGUUGGUCAAUUGGAGGAUCGAAGUGGUGUGGGCUCGUACUACGGAGAUUGAGGCGUAUAGGGAUGGAUUGAAGUCUGCGGCGAAGGAAGUGAUCCCCGCAGUGGGAAAAUCUAGCUCGUAA